CCCUCUCUCUUUUGCAGAGUUCUGGACUCUGAUUUGAUAUUUAGAGAGAAUCGACUCUUAUUCCAAAGGUCGAGGUAAGUAAAACAACAUUCACAAACAUUGUACUUUUGUCGUUUUGAACUUGUUUUAUUUAUAACACUCAAAUCAAAUUAUGAUCACCCAACACUAUCCAAACAACACCAAUUUCAACGUCUCUUCAUCACCAUUUCCCAUUCCUAAAAGAAAAUGUCAAAAAUCACCACUCCUCAUUCACCACCUUCAACCACCACCCAUAUUCAACUUCAUCCAACCACCCCUCAAAAAUCAUCUCCUUACCCUUUAACUCCAAGCAUUGUUAAACGAAUGCAAAAUGAUGAAUCCCCAUCUGUCACCAACAAGCAAAUUUACUGUCGUUGCGGUCAUGGCUUUUGUGAUGUCAAAACUUCUCAAAGUAAUAAUAAUCCUGGGAGGGAGUAUUUUGCAUGUCCCAUCAAAAGGGGUGCACGUUGUAGUGCUAUUAACUUUGUUAAGUGGUGUGAUGAUCCCAUUGAUGAGAGUUAUUUGCAUCCUCCGUUGAUUAAGUAUCCUGAGUGUGAAUGUGGAGCUGGAGUUUGUAGAAAAAUGAAGGAAACUGAACAGGGCUCAAAUAAGUUUAAGUACUAUUUUGCUUGCCCCAUUAAACCGAAUCAUGGAUCUUGUGGUUACUGUGUGUGGGAAGAUGAACUACUCAACAAUGCAAGCAUUGAUCCUAUCCGACAGAGCAAGCACAGAUCUCUCCAUGAAUUUCAGGAGGGAGACCAGAAUGAUACAGCUGGCAACGACCUAGCUAAUGACAUGGGCGAGGGAAGUGAUUUCAUAUUAACUACCAAAAGGAUGAGAAUAACUGACAAUUCCGUGAAUCCUUCUCCUGUGGCUGUAUCUGAGACUCCUGAGGGAAAAUGUGAAGGAUCAUCAAUUGAGGUGGCCAAUUCAAAACAUGUUGAUUGUCCGAAAAUUAAGGAUGAUCUAGAAUUGAACAACUUAGCCUCGUGGGCGGCUAUUGGUUUUGAUGAUCCUACAGUCGUUCCUAAACAAACUAGUACUCUCAAUAGUCAAAGUGAAUGCAAUGACCUUGCUAUUAAGAGUCCUAAUCAAUGCACCCAACUGUCGACUAAUGCAGUAACCCCCAACAAAUCAUCACCAGGAAGUGAAAUCAAGCUAAAGGCACAAAUACAAGAAAUGGCGAAAUUUAGGCAGCAGCAACUUCUCAACGAUCUCAAAAAUUUGGAUCCUAGUCAGCACGAGGUUAAGAAAGAGACAGCAGAAGCCACUUUCUAUUUGUUAAAUGUUUUAGGAUUUGAGUGUAAACAGUUUUCUGGCUUUGUAUGGGAAUUCAUCAACCUGGUAUCAUCGAUGGCAGAAAUCGACAACUCCAUGGUAAAUUCCCUAACUUUGGAGGAGCAUAAUAAAUUAUUGGAGGAGGAGAAAAUGAGACUGGCUAACAUCUGUGAUGACCGUAUGAAAACCGAGGCUUUGCUCAAGGUAUCUAAUAAGCAGAGAAAUUCGCUUUGCGAAGAAAUCUCUUGUCUCGAGGCCAUGCUUUUUGAAAAACGAAAUGAGUUGAAGUUUUGUGAGUUGGAGACAAUAAAGGUAGAGACUCAACUCGACGAUUUAAAAAGAAGAAUGUCGGAGGUUGACGUAACCAUCAAAGAUAAAGCUAGACAAGCAGAAGAAGCAAGGAAAAAAUUUGUGGUGAGAGGCACAGAGAAAAUUGCAGUAAAGACAGCAUUGGAGAAGGCUAAACAUGCAUUGGAAAAUUAGUUACUUAUAAAUAAUUUGUAUAAGUUGAUUUCAUCCUCCUCCUUGCUGCAGUCACUAUGCAGUGUCAAUCUAACAGUAUGUAUAAUGUGUUAUUAGUAGGUAUUUGUUUUUAACAUUUUCAAUUUGGAAGAUGUAACAAUGUUUUAGUAGAUGUUCUCCACUGCACAAGUCAUUUUUACAUUUA